AUGGUCACCCUACCUGAGAGCUAUCGUGGUCGUAAACCCCUGGGUGGUACAGUAGUUGCGCCAGUCGGGCUCAGUCCGGGCCCCGCAGCGGCGUCUCCGGGUCCUGCUGCUCCUGCUGCUCCCAGUCCAUCACCAGCCACCACCCCUGCCAUGAAGCAGGAACAUCCUAGCCAACCGAUGGCCCCAAUGCCGUUCUACGCGGGAGAUCCGAACAGGUUUCCCACUACUUGGCAGACGGAUCCAUCACAAGGUUGGCAGAACCAAUUCAUCCAGCAAUUGCCUACGCAAACCGGUCAAACCACAUUGGACUACCAAGGCAACCACACGCCGUACGCCACCUCGCCCCACUACCAAGCUAACACCACGUACACCGUCCAGAAUGUCGCCACCACGUUUGACGUCACGAGUAAUACGUACUAUCAGACAGGGGUACAAGCCGUGCCCACGCCGAGGCCGCCAUCUAAUCGAGGCGCCUACACCCCUGUGCCUUCACCGAGAGCUCCCCACUACACGACGGAGUACCAACAGCAAUAUGCCCAGCAGGCCCCCACAACCGGCGUCACGUCGGGAAACGAGUCUAGGCCGGCGUCUGCCGCUUCAUACCAGAGCGCAGUACCGACAACGGCCGCACCAGUCUACACAGUCAGUCAACAGAAUUAUGAACGGUCAGAGUACUCGUCAGAACACUCCGAAGACUACAACAACGGCGGAGACAAUACAACGAACGACUCGAACAACGAUGGCGAUAGACAAGAGCAAAGUUCCCAGAAUGGACAGCAUUCGGGAAACGCCGAGCCUGGAUACCUGCAGGGGAGCAACGGUCCGCGAGCUUCACUCGAUUGUAGCGGGUAUUCGGGCGGCUACACUAGCGGACAGCACAGUGAUAAUAGUCAGUCACAAAACCAAAACGAAUGGCAACAGCGACAGUGGCAUAACCAAAGAAUACAAAACCAACAGCAGAUCAACCAAAUCCAAAAUCAACAGCAGCAAUUGCAAAAUCAAAUUAACUACCAAAAUCAACAGAUACAAAACCAGCAAAUGCAAAAUCAGCAAAUGCAAAAUCAACAAAUACAAAAUCAACAGAUACAGAACCAACAAAUGCAGAAUCAACAGAUGCAGAAUCAACAAAUGCAAAAUCAGCAAUUGCAAAAUCAGCAGAUGCAAAAUCAACAAUUACAAAACCAACAGAUGCAGCAGCAAAGACAGGAGGAAUCUGAGCAACAGAUGUUCUCCCAAUCGGACAGGGUCAAUUUGAACUCGAGACUGAAAACAAUGAUAUUAAAUAAGCAGAAUCAUACGCGCGAUGGUACCAAUACGCCACCCGAUAAAGGGGAUCCUGGAGAAGGACCGCCUAGAGGGCUAGACGAUAGAAAAGGCUGCGUUUCCAUCGCUGACGAUAGAAAUACUACCGGUCAUUUUUUAUCGUAUAGCCACCAUCUCCGAGGUAAUUACCACAUAGGCGAUCAGGUAUAUCCUGUCGCCGGUAAUUAUUCACAAAACGCCCACGUUUAUAGAACGGGUGAAUUCGGAGGUGGUGGCCACCACGUAUGGGAGGGGGGGACGCAAGUCUCGAGAGAUUAUAAUAAGCACAAUUCGUCAGACCAAACCAAAGCUCCUCAAAAGCUGCCGUCGUAUUCCGAUAUGAGAGGCCAAUACAAUAGUUAUACGAAUGUACAAUACGACGCGCAAAAAUGUACUGAAAUGUAUGGUAGUGAUAAUGUUAGUUUUAGUCAGCAGACAGAUAGUAAAGAUUUUCAGUCGAAAAUGCUUAUUGGACCAGUUUCUGAAAUGAAUCAGCAAAAUUGCGCGACAUCGCGCGACGUGAACGCACAAAAACGAGCGUAUGAUAGGGAAGCGUAUGAUGCAAAGUUUAAACAUCCUUCUGCGCCGUUAAUACCUAAAAUAGAAGCACCAGAUACUUACCCUUAUCAAAAAGAAGAAAAAAAAGAACCUCAUCGGAUGGCUAAGAAUGUGUACCCUAUUCAAAACAGUAUAGAUCCCCAACGCGAUUAUCAAAACGGAUUAGUACAAAGACCGCACCACAGUGUACUUCCGCCUAUAUCCACUAUAAAAAACGAAACGUUCGUUCAAAAACCACAAACCUUCCAGCAUUUCCAAAACUACCCACAAGACAGGAGACAGGAAGUGAGCGAAAAUUACGCACAGAUGCCGCGGUUGCAUGAAAACGCCGCAUUCCAGAGAUAUCAGAGGAACAUGGAGACGAAAAUCAAUAUAGACAACGAUAAUCGAAGGUCAUUUAAUGACACAGGUGAGCCAAAACCGCCUUACUACAUAGAACAAAUCAAAUCUGAACAUUCUCCGCCGGGCCAUAAGAUUUAUAAGAACAUCAAUUUUGGUCCACCGCGAAACGAACCGUAUAUGUUUGCGGGUGACGGCGGGCCCGUAGCUAUAAGAAACGAAGCCGGAUACGCUUGCUGUAGACAAGGAUCAACCAAGAAGCCACCACCAGAACACUUAAGAGACGGUGCGUGCCCGGGACUUCAGACUAAAGAUGAAAUACUAGAAGGCGAUUCAGAAACGGAUAAACCAGACCCUAAGACGCCAACAAAACCCAACUCGCAAACAUUAGAUGCGCAAGCGAAGAAUCCAAAAGAAAAUCAAUUUAAUUACUCAAAAGAAUACCUUGAUAACCUCGAACGUUUACGGAACAAUUCAAGAACAGAAGUACCGGAUUGCAAUUGUUUUCCAGUUGAUAAGAACCCACCGGAACCGGGCAGUUAUUAUACCCAUUUAGGAGCGGCGUCAUCUCUCACUGAACUAAGGAAGGAUUUGGAAGCAAGAACAGGGCUAUCUGGCAAAGAACUGAGGAUAGAGAAGAUAUGUUAUACAGGCAAAGAGGGGAAAACAGCGCAAGGUUGCCCCAUGGCUAAGUGGGUUAUAAGACGAGCAAAUUACACAGAGAAGGUUCUGGUGGUAGUGAAAUUCAGAAACGGACAUAAAUGUGCCACAGCUUGGAUAGUUGUGUGCCUGGUCGCGUGGGAGGGAAUUCCCCAAUCGGAGGCAGAUUUGGACUACACGCUACUAUCGCACAAGUUGAAUAGAUACGGCCUACCGACAACUAGACGCUGUGCUACCAACGAAAACAGAACUUGUGCCUGUCAAGGUCUCGAUCCAGAAGCGUGCGGCGCUUCUUACAGUUUCGGCUGCUCCUGGUCCAUGUACUACAAUGGAUGCAAAUACGCCCGUUCAAAAACCGUCCGCAAGUUCCGGCUUUCGGUCAAGACAGAGGAGAGCGAGAUCGAGGAGCGCAUGCACGUGCUGGCGACACUACUGAGCCCUCUCUACAUGAAUCUUGCGCCUAGAUCCUUCGAGAACCAAUGCCAGUUUGAAAAGGAGGCGUCGGAUUGUCGGCUCGGGUUUAAGCCAGGGCGACCGUUUUCUGGUGUAACAGCAUGCAUCGACUUCUGUGCGCAUGCGCAUCGUGAUCUGCACAACAUGAACAACGGUUGCACGGCUGUUGUUACCCUAUCCCGGCAUCGAGCUCUGACCCCUCCAGCUGACGAGCAACUUCAUGUGCUACCACUGUACGUUCUGGACUCGACGGAUGAAUUCGGGUCCAAGGAAGGUCAGGAAGAGAAGAUGAAGAAUGGAGCUCUGCAAGUGCUGGACAAGUAUCAAAUGGAGGUCCGUGUUCGAUCAGUGCCCCUACAACCCUGCAGACGUCAUGGCAAAAAACGCAAAGAUGAAGACAAUUCCGAAUCAAAUUCCUCCACCAAUACCCCUCAAGCUAGCCCUGGAAAUCAAAAGAAAUGUCCAACGCCAAGUCCCAAGACCCCACAACCUAACGAUACCAGGAAUAUAGCUAGUCCAAGAAGUCAGAACAGUGCAUCACCACGAGCGGGCACCCCUUUAAAUCAAUCAAAUACAUCAGCGUUUCAACCGAAUCCGAAUAGCGCCCACUACAACUCCGCGUUCGUUAAUCCGAAUAUUCAUAAUGGCAAUCCGAAUCUCAUCAAUCCGAACAUGAGCAAUCCGGCUCUUUUAGACAUGGCUUCGAUGAUAGAUAACUUUACAGACGCACAACUACAAAGUAAUCAGAUAUCCAGUACCGUAUUGGAUUCGCCGUACAACUCAUUCGACCAAAGCUACAACCUUCAUAGCCAAAAUAAUUUAUACAAUGCGAGUCACACUUCCCCAAUGGUAGACCCGAAUUGCCAAAAUCAAAAUCCCAGCCAAAAUCUGCCAAGCUUCGCGGGUAUGCAGAAACGUGAACAAUUUAGCACCCCUAGCGUGACAGAUAUGAACAAUACCCAGAAUCAAUGGCACGACUUCGCUAAUCCCGAAAUGUUUAGCAAUAUUGUUAAAGAAGAUCCAGACUCGACUACCGCCCAUUUAAACAUGACCCCGACUAAUUAUAGUCCAGAUUCCAAUAGAAGUGAACCUAAUAACGACCAAUUAAAGAAUACACCAGAGACGGAUAAACAAAGUCUUAUACCGGAUCUCAAUCAAAAGUUACCGGAUUUUGAUAUACCCAAUUCUCCCAGGGUGACAGAUAUGUCUCUGAGGCCCCACAAUACACCAGAAUCACCUUCGCACAUCGGUGACAACAAAUCGCCGAUUAGUAACGAGUCCCCUACGUCUAUCGACGCACGAAAAAGUGUUUGGAAAUCGCCCGAACACAGAAAUUGGGACCCGACGAAACUCAAAGAUGCGGGAGACAAUGAAAAUGCGGUAUUCAGGGUACCUAAAUCUCGCCCACCCUCGAGAUCGCAUGUAAACCUACCCGAAAAUUUAGACCAGUCUACUUUUUUAAAACCCUAUCCUCCGUCAGAGAGACCGCAAUUAAGUCAAGGCUACGAUCAUAGAAGUCCAUAUGACGCGCGGGGACCUCAAACACCCACCACUCAAAGUAACUUUACUAUCAAUCAUGAGGAAACCAAUCAAAACACCUCACAAAAUAAAUCUGAACAAGCUCCUAACAAUUAUCCUACGAACCAAAACGCAUAUGGAAAUCAAUCUCCGGUGCAGAAUUACAACAAUUAUCCCACCGUCGGAAACGCUUAUGCGUUUCCAUCGAACCCUUACGGCCAUUUUAAUCCCUACGAAAACUCCUACAAUGAAUACUAUUACAACGCCGAGAAAUAUAAAAGGGAAGAAUUAAUAAGAAAUUCCCACUGUUAUAAUUCGUAUGGUUAUCAGUAUAACCCAAACUUUCCACCGAAUUUCUAUCAAAAUCCAAGUCCCAACUGGUGCCAGUCGUCUCCUAACUGGUGUAUAUAUCCACCGCCGUUUUCCAUACCGUAUCCACCUGAGCCUCCUAAGGCAGAACCUAUAGGUGAAGUUACCGGGGUGUCAGACAAUUUAGAUUGUUUCAAAGACAGCCAAAUGGGAGGUGUCGCUAUAGCAUUAGGCCACGGCAGUGUCCUCUUCGAAUGCGCCAAACAUGAGAUGCAUUCCACGACCGCUGUAAAAAAUCCGAAUAGGUCUAAUCCGACACGAAUAUCUCUAGUCUUUUACCAGCAUAGGAAUCUUAAUCGUCCCAAACACGGUCUCGAGGAGUGGGAAGAAAAAAUGAGGCUAAAGAAACUCGGUUUAAAUCCUCCGACGCCUGGAACUCCUGGUCCCAAUUCUAACACAGUUUCCCCAGCAAGCACCCCGGGCCCUGAGCAGAGACGGACUCCGAACUCGGAGAAGUGGAAAAAUAACGAAAAUUACAUUCCGGGCGGGUACAGCUCGCUAUCGGCUCUGGUGGAAGCCACUAACGUAGCGAAGAAAAAGGGCCAAAUCAUGUUGAGGGCCGAUACGCAAACGACGAUGUCUUGGACUACGCUAUUUCCGAUGCACCCCUGCACCGUAACGGGUCCGUACCAAGAGUCCGGCACCUGA